AUCGCUUGUCACUUCGGAUCAUAUGAUGGUGUCGCCUCGUGGGUAGAAAUUCAACAGUAUCAGCAUAGUGAUCCCUGCCCAAAAAAAGUGUCAGCAUAGUGAGAAACUGCAGGAUCCAGGCAUCCAGUCUAACUUGCUCGGGGACUGAACUGCACCUACUAGAUACAAUCAUAGAUACCAUAAUAAUCGCAUUUGAUCCACAUACUGUUUUCUCUAUCAGUUCUGUCGCAUUUCUUUACAGGCUUGCGCAGGACAUUCCCAGCUCAAACUCCUGCACCCGAUCCAAAAUACCAGGCCCUUCUUUUCUCCUAGGACAUUUUUUUGCCAGCAAUUUAUUGUUAAUAAAGUAUAUUUGUGGAGCAACUGAAACGUAAAUGUUAAGUCGAAAUUGGUGUAUAGCCGAACCAAGAAAAUAAUACAGCACAGAAUACUCCACACCAGUCUCAUAGGAAUCACAUACGGAGUAUCAGAUUACCCGGGGCCUGUAACUGUUUGGAAUGACGCUGAUUUAUUAUACUCCCUCGUCCUAAAACUUAUCUAAGAUUUGUCAAAAUCUAGAUGUAUCCUGAUACUAUAUAUAUAGUGCCUAGAUACCUUUGAAUUUAGAUAAAUUUCAGACAACUUUCGUAGAAGGGAAGGGAGUACGUGAAGGGAGUACGUGACGGAAAUAUGUAUGGAGUGUGGGAAAUGCAUCUCAUAAUAUCUCAUACUGGGCUCGAGUUCCUUAGAGCAUCUCCACUCGUCUCCCCCAAAAGUUCCCUAUAAGCUCUUCGGCGCUAAAAAUCGCGCCCAGCUGCGGUCCCCAAAUAGUUUUUAACUGGUGCGGUCUAACUAUCAAUCCAGCGUCCCCAGAUCGAACCCACUAGAAAGGGAGGCUAGUGGGGGCAGCGGCGCGCCGCGUGUUGGCGUGAACGACGUGGGAAGAAGGCGUGGGAAACGCCUCCUGGAUGUGGACGCGCCCCAUUAAUUUUGGCGAAGUCAUCUUCCUCGCCUGCUCGCCUUCCGCGUCGGCGUUAAUGCUGCUCGUCUUCAGUGCAUGCUCGCCUUCAACAGUGACGUUAAUGCUUGCCAACGCCCCCGCGGCGCCAUAUAAACCCUUCGCACCGCUCCCUCGCUGCACAUUCUCGCCAGUGCCAUCCAAAACUGCCAUCCAAAACUUCUCCAGCACUGGCGCCCUCGCAUCUCCUCCAAAACUCCUCCAGCACCAGCGCCCUCGCCAUGGACCACCAAGAACAAGACGGCUUCGGCUGCCAUUGGCUUCAAGUCAUCGAGGCGCGCGCCCUCUGGAAUGCGCGCUACCUCGUCCCGCCGGACAUGCGCUGUCUGGGGGAUGGGUACUCAGCCACGGCAGCCUGCCGGUCCCGCCGGUGCCGACAGGGUCGGCGCGCGCCAUCGCCAUCUACGACCAUUUUUGGGGCCAGUUGAUGUCGGAGGAGCGCAACGACCCGCGCUGGUCCCCCGAUAAUGACCACGCCUGGACCGCCUUCUUCGAGCGCCAGUGCGAGGACCGCCUCGCUUCCUAUGAUGGCAACGGCGAUCCACCGGCGAACAACAACGCUAGUGGACAUCGGCGGUGGUGGAGGGCGACCGGGAGGACCCUCGCGUGGGUCCUCAGCUACAUCGCUGACGGGAACGACCCCCGUUGCAAAUGCCGCCACGGCAGUUGCAGCUAGCGCCCUCGCGAGGCAACGACCAGUGGGUGGCGCGGCGCCAGUCCUCCUCGUCAUCGCGCUCCUCCUCUUCGUGCUCCUCGGCGAGGUACUCGCCGUACAACACGCCGGCGCCACACUUCUUGGCAACGGUGAAGGACGAACCGGAGGAGGCUCCUACUGCUCGCAGGCGCCGCCAUGGCGGCGGUGACAUCGUUAUCCGCGAGCGACGCCAACCUUCUCCGCCGCACCAGCGAGAGUGGAUGCCACCACCAGAGUACAAGGUGGCGGCGUCCAUCGUCAAGGCGGAGGACGACCCCGAGGAGUUCCUGAGGCUGCGCCUCGCCCAACUCGAAUCGUUCCAGGCGACGGACGAGUUCGCCGAGGCCUGGAGCGCGGCCAAUCACCGCCGCACGGAGGAGGAGCACCACCGUCGCCUCGGCCUCGUCGUCAACUUGGACGACGACGACACUGGCCAGUCCAGCAGGCCGCGCAGGAGGCGUGGGGACGUCGGCCAGGGCUGUAGCUACCUCCCGCAGCCGAAGGAGGAGCCCAGCGACGAGGAGGACGACUCGGCGCCGACGUAGCUAGGGCGUGGUGGCAACGGCGGCGGUUACUAGUUUUUAGGUUUUUUUUUAAUGUCUAUAUUUUUAAAUUUGUACAAAUAUUAGGCAAGUAUGACCGAAUUAGCUAUGAAUCUACUAUUUCUGUAAAUUGUGUUACAUUUUGAAAAUUUAAAGUUUUUAAAUAUAGGAGCCGCAACUGGAGCCGCCAGCUCCUAGUUUUAUUUUACCGCCGAUGCUCCCGUAUGAGCACUAAAACAGCUACGUCGGGAGCCCAUACGGGAAGAACCAGUAGAUAUGCUCUUAGUCUCAUGCUAAUUCAGCUCUAGCAUCGGUUGCGAUGGAUUUGGAGCGAGUGCAUCCCACAUUCUUUGUGUUCCGGCGUAUGUAAAUGCUACCUCCAUCUAAAAUUAAUUAUUUUAGUUUUAUCUAGACUAGCAAAAGUGCCCGUGCGUUGCACCGGGAGGAAAAAAAGUCUCGAACACUCUAGUGAAUCAACGAUGAAAUAUGUUAUUUCAAGAUUAACUUGCGACCCUCUCGCUGCACCGACUUGUAAUACCGUAGACUGGUAAUGACUUUUUAAACGAUAAAAGGCUUCGAAGGACCAACUGUAUUAAAAAGAUGUGUGGCACAAUUUUAUAGAAAGCCCUAAGCGGAUCACGAAUAUGUACACAUAUGUCCUUGGUUUUUAAAAAUUGCACCCCAAAAUAAAUCGCGUUGGUCUGCGAAACACGAUCGAUUCCUUGUGCUCUGCCGCUAGGUGCAUUCGUUUCAAAGGCCGCGGGAGGGGAGGGGGCGGGGCGAAACCACUUGGGGCAUCGGAGACAGCGGGCGCCACCGCACCGGUGCUGAAGAAGAACCUCGCAUGUUGGACAAACCAAGUCGAGAUGACCAUACUUGAGCGUAGCUGGGCCAAGCCCAUGGCCUAAGAUAGCGGCGGCCUCUCACCGUCGUUUGGAAUUCGCUGCAGAAGUCACAGCCCCUCCACUGGUGAUAGCACGAUUUGAGGCAUGCCUACAGCGAACUGACAUGAAGUGCACGCGUAAAGGAUAAUUCAACGAACCAAACGAAUGUGCAUGGGCAAGUUAUUUUCGUUCCUAAUCAGAAUUUAGUGAGGGUAAAUUUUAGUUUCUGGUUUUAAGGAAAAAUAAUUUAAAAAUAAAUAACCCUAAAAUAGUAGGACCAGAAUUUAGUGUGGGUAAAUUUUAGUUUCUGGUUUUAGGAAAAAUCUCUACUAUAUUAAAAGGACGAAGUUGUUCUGUUUCCUCCGGUCACAGCUUUCGUCAAGCAUAUUUUCAAUAAGACCUUUUUACCCUCCCACCAAAACUAUUUUUUCAAGACAUCCGCUCCUCCGGUUUUCCUGUGCAUGAUUCCCGUCUCUGGCCCCGAUGCUGCAGGGAUCCUCGAAACCGCCGCCUCCUCUCCCGAUAUUGCCUCCCUACCCUAGGGUUUCGGCGCACCCAGCGUAGCAGGCUAGCAUAGAGAACGGUGUGGAUGAGUUGGCGAUGGUGUCCGGCCUCGGAGAAGCAGCUGCGUCGUAGAUAUCGCCGUGUGUGGAGGUGGAUGACCGACGGGCGGCCUGCUAGAUGGCAGCGGGAGCGGAUGUAUGCUAGCGGACAUCGCAUCGUCAACCCUGUCAGGUGCCGCCGGCGCAUCUCCCCGACCUCCACCAUCCACUGGACAAAGCACACCAACCAGGCCCACGACCUCCACGGAUCCACACCACCGCCGCGCCUGGGGAAAGCGGAGAAACGCGCAUGACUGACAAGAGGAGGCGACGAGCCAGAGUAGAGGGGGUGCACCGAUCCACGAUGGGUGUCCAAGUACCUCUGGUCGAGAUGGACGGAGGGCCGGCCGUGGAGAUGGAGAUGGAGAGGGCGAACGGGGAGCAGAGGGGGUGCGUCGCUCCACGAUGGUGGCCGUCUACCUCCUGUCCACUUCCCGGUGACCGCGCCACCGGAUCUCCACCCCUGCACUUCCCCGGCCAGAUCAAGCAGUUGUUCCUCCCCGAUCAGUUCGUCGAGUUCGAGAUGCAACCCGUCAGCCCCUCCUGCAGUUCCUUGCAGAACUAAUCCUCCGUGAGCUGCGGCCGUAGUCGCUCGGGUUCGUUCGGCCAUCAUUGAUGCAGAGAAGAAUUACAAGAGGCCGCUGCCUAGGUGGAGGGCUCCCACGUGACCAUGAAGGUACUACUCCUAAGUCUGCUAGAUUCAUUCGUAUUACGAGAGACACCUGCCAAAUGCCAACAUGACUCCUUGAUGAACAUGUAGAUGAUGUAGACUGGUAAUGGCAUGCAUUGUGCACUAAUAGAUUGGCAUAUAUAUACAUGUACCGGUUGAUUAAUUGGUAGAUGACUUUUUCCCAUUCUAUGCACGCCAUACAAAGUAAUUGACUGAUUCAUAUUGAAAGAUGACUUAUGUGAGGUUCAGGUUGUUGAAG